UUCUACACACACACACACACACACACACACACACACGCAUGCACACAUGCAUACGCACACGCACGCACGUACACACAUGCACAGAAUGUCGGGGUUCAACCUCCUGAUGAGUCGGUGGAAGCCCGACGAAAGACUCUGGCACAGUCAUGCGUCUUUUUGAGUGUAUAGCGAAUAUGACGACACACACACACGCACACACACACACAUAAACACACCAUCGUCUCUCUCUCUGACACACGCACGCAUACACACACACGCGCACAAAAAGAGAUUGUUGUUCCUAAGCUUUUGGUCGUGCUGGAGAUUGGGCUGUGCAUCGGGAAGGGCUCUGCAUCCAAAAGAAAUAUACUGAGUUGAAGUGAGUUCUUCUUUUGGUGGGUAAGUUAUGUAUGCUAAGAUUUCAUCAUUUAACAUUUGUGGAGCUCUGUUGACAUCAGAAUUUGCAGCAGUUUUUAUUUAUUUAUUUUUACCUUUCUUGACUUUAGGCCAUGAAAGUCUUGAGUAUGGCUUGCACCCGUGAUGGGUUGCCUUGGUCAGCAGUAUGCUGCUUGCCUGACCGAGGUAGGGCCGGGCAUUUCUGCCUAUUUGGACAAGCUGGCAGCAAUCAUUUUGUUGAACCAGCACAAGCAGCUGCAGUAUCAACAAUAUCAUCAGCAGUAGUAGGAGCAUCAGGAGGCGGCGGAGGAAGGGGAAGUCGUCGUGGCUGCCUCCCCAUCCACUCGUUCAAUCCUCAAAGCGCAAAUGCGUCCCAUAACCGAACUCUCGUGCUGUACUGUUACCAUCCCGAGAAGCAGCAACAGAGAAUGCGUCGACACAUAUCUGCAAGAACUGCAGCUGGGAUCGGACAUAGCAUUGUCGAUUCCCAGCAGAGCCUUCUCCGCAGCCACCAACCGUUCGCUUGCAAUCGUGCGUGUUUGUGUGGGUUUUUCGCCUUCUGCAAGAGCGAGUUUAAGUCUGGGGAUCAGGGUCAAAGGAGGAUGAGACAAGAAGGUGGGUUGUUUUCUACGUGGAAUUGCCGUCGAAGGAGGAGGAGCAGCAUUUGGAAAGUUACUUUUGGUACAUGGGGGAGGGAGGGGGUUCAAGUUAGGGAGCAGGAGAAGCUGGUAAUGACAGACGAUGCGCAGCCUUUGGCUGUGAGGACGGUUACAGAAGAACAUGAAAGCUAUUCGAAGGAAUGCACCCUCUCCAGGGAUAGGGGUUUGCAGGUCAAAUGGCAGAGAGUGAGACUACCGACGUACGUGCAGCAUCUGGGACAACAUGUGGCAGGCAAAGCUUGUCUGCUGCAGCUGCUUACAUGGCAGUCGCGAAGUGAUGGCUGGUAUCAUCACUGCGGAAGCUAUUUUGAACUGGUGAAGAUGUGGCUAUCAGACAAGGUGGGGAAAAGACGACGUACAUCCACAGAGGAAGAGGUGAGCGGAAGGAGGCGGCGCUUGGUUGGAUUGCUUGGAUCCACUGCAGUCGUCACAAUGUUACUUGUCAUAGGUAGGGCUACCGUAUUACCACCUCUGCCCUCGGUGGCGCUGACAGAGGAAAAUCUGGUUUUCCUAGAGGCAUGGAGGACCCUUGACCGAGCUUUCAUCGAUAAGAGCUUCAAUGGACAAAGCUGGUUUCGUUACAGAGAAAAUGUGCUGAAAAGUGUGCCCAUGAACUCGCGUGAGCAGACUUACAACGCGAUCAGACAAAUGGCUGGUAGCCUGAACGACCCAUUUACGAGGUUCCUCGAGCCUGAGAAGUUCAGGAGCUUGAGGACAGGAACCAACGGCUCGUUAACGGGUGUUGGACUGGAAAUUGCAGCCGACGAUCACGAUCCAUCGAAGUUGGUUGUUGUGGCACCUGUUGCUGGCGGUCCAGCAGAACGAGCCGGUAUUCAAGCAGGCGAUGCCAUCCUGGAGAUCGGCGGUGAACCGAUAAGCGCGAUGAGCCUCUAUGAUGCAGCCCUGCGACUGCAAGGUCCUGAGGGGUCAACUGUUUCAUUGGUGGUUCAACGCCCGGCUGAGGAUCGACCGCCAUCCACCAUUAACCUGACACGACAGCGAGUGAUGCUCAAUCCUGUCUCUUGGAAGCUGUGUGUGACAGCGGAUGGAUCCCAUAGGAUAGGCUACAUAAGAUUUUCAUCCUUCAACAGUAACUCCUCUGUUGCCAUGCGGGAGGCUAUUAAACGACUGAAAGAGGGCGGUGCGACAUCAUUUAUCUUGGAUAUUCGCAAUAAUAAUGGAGGCCUCUUUCCUUCUGGUAUUGAGAUUGCAAAAAUGUGGUUGGAUAGGGGUGUCAUUGUGUACAUAGUGGACAAUAAGGGCGUGAGAGAUAUCUUUGAGGCAGAGGGCUCCGACUCCCUCGCACCUACCGAGCCACUGGCAGUGCUCGUUAAUAAGGGAACUGCAAGCGCAAGCGAGAUACUGGCUGGUGCUCUGAAGGACAAUGGAAGGGCUGUCAUUCUGGGUGAGCCGACCUUUGGGAAAGGCAAGAUCCAGUCUGUUUUUGAGCUUUCAGAUGGAUCAGGAAUGGCGGUAACGGUCGCACGUUAUGAGACCCCUGCUCACAUCGACAUAGACAAAGUGGGGAUUGAACCAGAUAAGCCCCUGCCGAGUUCUUUGCCUGACGACCCCGAUGGUUUCUGCAAGUGUAUCACAGAUCCACACUAUCAAUGUGGCAUAUCUCCACAGACCCUCUUUUCCCGCAGAUGAACGAACAAACGAACAGCUCUCCUCAAGUCGUGGCUCUCACUUUUUUUUUUUUUUCUUUUUUUUUUGAAAGCUCUCACCUUAAACCUUCUUUUUCUUAAAUUUUUAUUUUUUAAACCACCAUCACCGGCAUAGUUCUAUUGAAUCUUGCCGCUGUGCACAAGGAAGGAGCGGAAAGGAGGGGUGGGUUAUGGCAGGUGCAAAAUUUGGAGUGGCCUAACUUUGGUGGUUCAACAUAAUCUGGUGCGUCAUGAGAGAAAUGCGAAGCAUUUGUUUUCAGAAGA